AUAGUCAUCUAAUAUGAUGAUUUAAACUUAGUUUACUUAGUUUGAUAAUGCAGAUUUUUGGAUAAAUUUAAUAUCCGUUUAUCCGAUAACUUAACGGAUCGACACACUUAAAUUGGGAUGAUCGAUGAAUAAAAGACUUGUGACGUAAUGAUGUACUACGAAAACAUAUAAGUCUUUGUUAACCAAAUUUAGUAUCGUACUUUAUUUUUAUUUAAAAUCAUUAUUCAUCGUUCUAUAGUUCAUAAUUUUAUAAUUAAUGGAAGUUCCUGUAGAUUUUGGAAAUUUGACUACUGGGAAGAAAAUUAUUGCAGAAAAUUUUGCAAAUUGGACCAGUGGAAAUGAAAUAAUUGAUAAUUUCAUUAGAGAAAAACAAUUAAAAUACGGUGAUGUCGAAGAUAAUUCAGAUGAUGGUGAAGCAGUAUUUGAAUGGAUACCGUAUAAUGAACUUAUUGAUAUUAAAGAAAUAGAAAAUAAUUGUUUUACUAAAGCAAAAUUGAAGAAUGGUUCAUUACAUUAUAAUAGAUAUAAUAAGGAAUGGAUAAGAAGACCGUAUGAAACUGUCAUAUUAAGAUCUUUAUAUGAUUUACAAAAUGUAAUAACUGAAGAAUUUGCAAAUAAGCUUGAAUCAUAUUUAACUUAUCCAGUUGAAUGUUAUGGAGUAUCUCAAAAUCCAGAUACAAGAGUUUAUAUCUUAGUUUUUGAUAAUAAAAUUUCUAACCAUUAUUGUAAAACAUGUGGUAACGAAUACGAAGGUAGAAGAUAUAAAUGGUGCAAACAAUGUCAAAUAGAUCAAAUAAAAAAUAAUUUUACAAACUGGGAUGAUAGAAUUAUAAAACUUGAUGACUUCAUCCAAAACAUGCAAUUAAUAAUUAAUAAUUAUAAUGUAUUUAAAUGGAUACCAUACAAUGAGUUUAUCAUUGUUAAAGAGUUAGGGAACUAUACUUUAGCAAUGUGGAAGAAAGAUAGAAAAGUUUAUUUAAAGCAUCAACAUAAUUUACAAGAAAAUACUGAUGAAUUUUUAAAUAUGCUUGGAUCAUCUGUAACAUCUAAAAUAGUCAUUGGAAUAUCUCAAAAUCCAAAUACGAAAGUUUAUCUUUCAGUUUUUAAUGAUAAAUAUUUCAACAAAUAUUGUGAAAAAUGUGGUUACGAAUAUGUGAUAGAUAAAUGGUGCAAACAAUGUGAAAUAAAUCAAUUAAGAAAUAAUUUUAUAAAUUGGACUAGUGGAAAUGUAAAACUUGAUGAAUUUAUUCAAAAAAUGCAAUUAAAUAUUAAUAGAUCUAAUGAUAUAAUAUUUGAAUGGAUACCAUACAACGAGUUUAUCAUUAUUAAUGAGUUAGAAAACUAUACUUUAGCAAUAUGGAAAAAGGGUCCAUUAUAUUCUAAUUAUGUUGAAAAAUCGGAAAGAAAUUCUUGUGUAAAAGUUUAUUUACGUAAUUUACGAGAAAUUACUGAUGAAGUUUUAAAUGAGGUUGAAUCGUAUUUAAUAAAUAAAGUAAUCUUCGGAAUCUCUCAAAAUCCAGAUACGAAAGUUUAUCUUUUAGUUUUUCAUAUUAUAUAUUUUGAUAGGUACUGUGAAAAAUGUGGUAACAAAUAUGGGAAAUAUGGAUGGUGCAAACAAUGUCAAAUAAAUCAAUUAAAAAAUAAUUUUACAAAUGAGAAUGUAAAAUUUAAUGACUUCAUUCAAAAAAUGCAAUUAAUGAUUAAUGAAUAUAAUGAUAGAAUAUUUGAAUGGAUACCAUACAACGAGUUUAUCAUUUCUAAUGAAUCAGAAAAUUGUACUUUAGCAAUAUGGGAGCAAGAUGUUAUAAAUUCGGUAAGAAAAUCAUAUGAAAAAGUUUAUUUAAAACAUCUAGAAAUCACUGACGAAUUUUUAAAUAAGGUUGAAUCAUUUUUAUUAAAUAAUCUAGUCUCCGGAAUAUCUCAAAAUCCAGAUACAAAAGAUUAUAUUUUGGUCUUUAAUAAUUAUUAUAUUGCUCAUUAUUGUUUAAAAUGUGAAAACAAAUACGACGAGAAUGCUUAUAAUUAUUGGUGUAAAUCAUGUGAAAUAAAUCGUUUAAAAAAUGAUUUUGCAGAUUGGACUAGUGGAAAUGAGAAAAUUGAUGACUUCAUCAAAAAGAUGCAAUUAAAAAUCAAUAGAUAUGAUGAUAUGAUAUUUGAAUGGAUACCAUACAAUAAGUUUAUUGAUGUUAAAGAAAUACGAAAUAGUGUCUUUGCUACAGCAAUAUGGAAGUAUGGGCCAUUAUAUUAUAGCAAAAUAAGAAAGAAUUAUAAAAGGGAAUCAGAUGAAAAGGUUUUAUUAAAAUAUCUAAAUAAUUCACAAAAUAUUAAUCACACAUUUUUAAAUGAGGUAUGAAGUUUUUUUGAAAAUUUAAUUUAAUUUAAUUAUUAAUGAUAAUAAUAUAUUGAUUUUAUAUUUUAAUAGAUCUUAUAUUCAGUUGAGGAAAGUUAUGGAGUAUCUCA